UCUCUCCGUCUCUCUGGGGGUGGAGGGGUGUUGUUGACUUCUGAGUUGGCAUGACGAUCUGACACCCUGCCGUCCAGAGCCUUCUGUCCAUUUCCACGGUGACCUGAUCCCAUUCCGCUAUUCUGUUCUCCGAGUUCCGGACCUGUGGAACACAGAGUGGAUUACCGCUGUACACACACACGGAGUGAGUUCAGAGAGAGGAGAGAUCUGGGAACGCAGUGAGGAUGCCGGUGCAGCAGAUCUCCGUGGUCCCCGCUCGGGAGAUGGCCAAUAACGGCCGGAGCACCCCUCGCUCCAAAGACAAGACCGAGAGUACUAAAGGUCCAGGUCGGUCAGGUAAUCGAUCCAGCAACGUCUUGAAGGCCAGCAGUUCUACAACAGGAUUGGCUCCUGGCAGUGUUUCCAGGACAACUCCCUCCUCUCAGGACAUCUGCAGGCCGGUGCCGCUGGGUCGUGUAGAGGAAGGUUGUGACACAGCAGUGAUGAAGCUGAGCGGCGCAGCAUUAGGCUCCUCCCAGACCGCGUUAGGCUCCUCCCAGCAGGGCCAAACCAGGAAGAAGAAGAAGAAACCAAACAGGAAGAGAGACUCCUGCUCCGCCCCCGAUGCCCCAGCGACCGCACAAGAUGACCCGGUCCAACACAGUGACGACCGCAGUGACCGCAGCUCUGACCGCAUCGGAGAGAGGGGGGAGAGGAGGAGGGAGAGGAGAGGGGAGAGGAGGAGGGAGAGGAGAGGGGAACAUCCCCGCCACCGUAGCGCUGCCCCUCCUGAAUCUGAUUCGUCAUCUGACGGGGAGGCGGGGCGGGAGGCCAGAAGCUGGAGCAGGGAGAAAGCCAAGAGGGGACGACGCCGCAGUGGGAGUAGCAGGGAGAGGGGAGGGGGAGAGGGGAUGGAGCUGCAGUCUGUAGGGUCUGAUGAGGGGAAGGAGAACCAAGAGAAAGAGGUACCACUGGAGAACGGUUCCGGAGUGAAGAACCGUCGACCAGGAGGAGGAGGGGAGGAGAGCGGGCGGAGCUCCCAGCGCAGGGAGGGGGCGGGGUCUAAGUUCCGUAGCCCCGGCGGUAGCUCAUCAUUGGCUGAGGAUGGAGAGGGGGAGGGACAGAUCACUAAGAAUUACCAGGAGACCGGGUCAGUGGGUGGAGACAUGUCCGCGCCGUCGCCACGGAGAUAUGGGGGCUGCAACGCCCCCGAAGGCUGCUCCGAUGACGAGCCAGAGGUCUGCAGGAUCUGCCACUGUGAAGGAGAUGAGGAGUGUGUGUUGAUAACCCCGUGCCGCUGUACAGGCAGCAUGAGGUUUGUUCACCAGGACUGUCUCAACCAGUGGAUCAAGUCAUCAGACACACACUGCUGUGAGCUGUGCCAAUACAACUUCAUCAUGGAGACUCACCUUAAACCUCUACGUAAGUGGGAGAAGCUCCAGAUGUCGACCAAUGAGAGGAGGAAGAUCUUAUGCUCCCUGAUGUUCCACCUGGUGGCCAUUGGUUGUGUUCUCUGGUCCGUAUACGUCCUCGUCAACAGAACCCUCCACGAGAUCAACCUGGGACGCAACACCGACGACAUGUGGAGAAUAUCAGUGAUGAAGUACUACACUGCUGAGGGUGUGUUGGAGUGGCCGUUCUGGAUGAAGCUGGUCAUCGUGGCGAUAGGCAUGUCAGGCGGACUGGUGUUCAUGUAUGUCCAGUGUAAAGUGUACUGGUUGCUAUGGAGACGACUCAAAGCCUUCAAUCGCAUCAUCACUGUGCAGAACUGCCCCGAGAAGCCGCCGCCCACCAACGCCGCGCUGGCCAAUGGGAAUCACCCUGAGGCCGUGGAAGUCCCGAUAGGCCCCGCCCCCGAGGUUAUCCAGAUGGACUCCGACCUCUCGGAGGAAAACCCCGUCUGACACACACACACAGACACACAACACACACACACAGCUCUUGGUAAUGCACCCUCCCUAUAGCCUAUCAGAGCCCAGCACACCAAAGAGUCAUAAUGUGACGUAGCCAAUAAAAGCAUCUGUUAUAGAAGCAGCUGUAGAUUAGCCAAUCAGUGUCUGUUAUAGAAGCAGCUGUAGAUUAGCCAAUCAGAGCGUCUGUUAUAGAAGCAGCUGUAGAUUAGCCAAUCAGAGCGUCUGUUAUACUCUCUCAGUAUUCAAUAUAAACAGCCUGAGGAGUAGCUGAUGCGUAGAACCAAGUGUUCAAGGGCUGGAACAAAACCCUGCACACCUUGCAGCUCUCAUGGAGGAGGGUUAGAGUCAUAGAGCAUAUUUAUUUAUGUUAGUAUUUAGUCUCUCUCUGCUGGACAGGAUAGAACUCUGAACCUAACCCUUACCCAUAUUUAUUUAUGUUAGUAUUUAGUCUCUCUCUGCUGGACAGGAUAGAACUCUGAACCUAACCCUAACCCAUAUUUAUUUAUGUUAGUAUUUAGUCUCUCUCUGCUGGACAGGAUAGAACUCUGAACCUAACCCUAACCCAUAUUUAUUUAUGUUAGUAUUUAGUCUCUCUCUGCUGGACAGGAUAGAACUCUGAACCUAACCCUAACCCAUAUUUAUUUAUGUUAGUAUUUAGUCUCUCUCUGCUGGACAGGAUAGAACUCUGAACCUAACCCUUACCCAUAUUUAUUUAUGUUAGUAUUUAGUCUCUCUCUGCUGGACAGGAUAGAACUCUGAACCUAACCCUAACUCAUAUUUAUUUAUGUUAGUAUUUAGUCUCUCUCUGCUGGACAGGAUAGAACUCUGAAUAGAAAUACUUGUGAAAUGUGGUAUUAAAGGUCCCGGUCUGUCACUAUGACGUCUAGAAGUCUAUCUGAAGAGCUGUCUGUCUGUCACUAUGAUGUCUAUCUGAAGAGCUGUCUGUCUGUCACUAUGAUGUCUAUCUGAAGAGCUGUCUGUCUGUCACUAUGAUGUCUAUCUGA